AUGGAUCCUCCUCGUUUGUUUUCUGCGUCUGUAUCGUCAUCUGCAUCAUCAGCAGCAGCAGCAGCAGCAGCAGCAGCACCAACAACAACAGCAGCAGCAGCAGCAGCAGCAGCAGCAGCAGCAGAAGGCUGGGCCCGCAGACUGCUGCCACUCUCAAGAGCCACGCAGCUCGUUGUCUGCCCCCGGGAGCUCCUCAUCGCCGACGCUCGAUCCCCGCAGCUAAUACGAGCAGCAAAGCUGCAGCAGCAGCAGCAGCAGCUGCUGCUGCAGCAGCAGCAGCAGCAGGGAGAAGAUGAUGAUGGACUCGUUGUUGCUGCAGAUAUCAUCGGGCAGACGUGCGCGUGUCUGACGGAGUCUGGUUCUGUGCUGCUGCUGGAUCUUCGUUUUCCUUCUUUGCUGCAGCAGCUUGCUGCUCCCCCGCUGCAGCUGCUGCAGUCUCAGCAGCAGCAGCAGCAGCAGCAGCAGCAGCAGCAGCAGCAGCAGCAGCAGCAGCGGGUGCAGCAGCAGCUGCAGCAGCAAUAA